AUGUCCUCCGAGAUAACACCAUCGGUUACAACCGCGCAGGAGUAUAUCAAACAGCAGGAGCAGCUAGAAGCCGAAGCGAGGGAGCUUCUACCAUUCAAAGCUGAUCUCUGCACGCAAGACUACGACAAGAACGAGACUGGCAAGCCUCUCCGCCAGGCCGUAUACCUUUGCAAGACGUGUGGAUUCGAUAAGGGGAUCUGCGUGGGCUGUUCAAUAAUCUGCCAUUCAGACCAUGACAUGCUAGAGCUCUUCCCCAAGCGUUCCUUCGUGUGUGACUGCCCUACCCCGCGAUUCGCGCAGGAGUGCAAUCUCAAGAAACUCAAGACGACAUAUGACGCCGCGCCUAAUGUGUACAAUCACAACUUCCAGCGGCGAUUCUGCGCAUGUGAUGAGAUUUACGAGCCCGAGGAAUGCGAGCAGGAUAUGUACCAGUGCGCUAGCUGCGAGGACUGGUUUCAUGAGAUAUGCCUCAAUCUCAGAGAUACACACUCCGAACACAAGACUCAUAACGACGAUAACGACGAUAACGAGGACGCUGGUCCGGCUCUGCGCCUCCCUCGGUCUCAAUUCGAUACUUUUGUGUGUUCGGAGUGUGUGCUGACACGCGAUUUGGAUCUGUUGAGGAGAUAUGCUGGCACACCGGGAUUCGUUCUGCUCGAGACUAUGGAAGGGGGUGGAUCACAGGUGGAUGAGAGCAAGACGAGUGAUGAGCGCGACACAGGCGACAGCGCAAUCCCGCUUAAAUUUUCAAACAAAAGGGAGCAUUCACAGGAAGCUACGCAAGAAGAAAGCGAGGCUAAGCGCGUCAAGAUGGAUGAGCAGGGAGAGCAAGAAAAACAAGCAGCAAUUCCAACACUUGCAACACAACAAUGCCACGCACCCAAACCACAGCACGCGUCUCAACAAUUAAUAGAAAAACUACGCGCAAAUCCACCGCCACGACCACCAUCAAAAGCAGCGCGCGCCGACAUGUUUCUGCUGCACGGGUGGCGGGAGAAGUGGUGCAAGUGUGCGAGCUGCUUGAAAGAGCUAUCGCAGCAUCCGUGGAUGAUAAGUGAAGAAGCGACGUAUGAGCCCGCGGAAGAGGAGCAGCCUGAGAAAACACUACUGGAGCUAGGCACGGAAGCGCUCAACUCACUCCCACGCGAGAAAGCGCUUGAUGGGGUGAAGGCUUAUGAGAAAAUGUCUUCCUCUGUCAAAGACUUUCUCAAACCUUUCGCUCAGUCGGGUAGAACCGUUGAGGCGGAGGAUGUGAAUGGCUUUUUUCAACAGCAGCAGCAGCAGCAGCAGCAGAAUAUGAAUGGGAAUGGGAAGGAGGAUGAGCAGUGA